UCUUGUUUGCUGGACGGCAUAUGGUCAAGCCAUCGACCGUAGCAGCAACCAUCAGCACGUGUUAACACUCCUUGGCCGUGUUUAACAAGUUGCUCAGUUGACCUGCUGAUUCAGAAUGCCAGCUUCUUCAGGUAUCAUUACUUUGACUCAGUCUCUGGAAAACCUGAAUGGAAAACAUGGGAUCUCUGGAUCAUACGAAGAUAUGACAGCUGGAGUUAAUGUCGCGGUUCCUUCUCUUUCGCCGUCUCCUGGAUACGUCACUGAGAAGAAGUCAACCAGAAGUGUGGCAUGGUUUGCGAGUCUUCCAGACAGACAACGGCACUCUCAGUUCCUGAAGGAAGCCGUCGACCUAAUGCUGGACAAGGCCGUGUUCGAUGCCGCCAGUAGAACCAAUCGCGUCGUGGAGUGGCGAUCACCCGAGGAACUGAAGAAACUGAUUGACCUGGACUUACCUGCUGACCGAGUCAGCCAUGACAGGCUGCUGCAGCUCCUGAAGGACAUCAUUCAGUAUAGUGUGAAGACGGGACACCCCUAUUUUGUCAACCAGCUUUUCUCCAGUGUCGAUCCAUAUGGUUUGGUGGGACAGUGGUUGGGAGAUGCCUUAAAUCCCAGUGUCUACACAUAUGAAGUGUCCCCUGUGUUCACUCUCAUGGAAGAAACUGUCCUCUGCGAGAUGCGCCGCAUCGUCGGGUUCCCUGAAGGCCGUGGAGAUGGCAUCUUCUGUCCUGGUGGAUCCAUUGCCAAUGGGUAUGCCAUCAGUUGCGCUCGUUACAACUUUGUGCCAGAUGUUAAGAAAAGAGGUCUACAUGGCCUGCCACGACUUGUUCUCUUCACCUCGGAAGAUGCCCAUUAUUCUAUCAAGAAAAUGGCAUCGCUUCUUGGUCUUGGUUCUGACAAUGUGUACCUGAUUCAUUGCAACUCCAAAGGAAAAAUGGAUGUUCAACAUCUUGAGCAAGAAAUUCAGAGGGCUUUGGAGGAAGGAGCUGCCCCAUUCAUGGUGUCUGCAACUGCAGGUACAACAGUACUUGGUGCAUUUGAUCCUAUACCCAAAAUUGCAGACAUAUGCUCCAAAUACAAGAUGUGGCUGCAUGUAGAUGCUGCUUGGGGGGGUGGUGCCCUUGUGUCAAAAAAGCACAAGCAUCUCCUUGAAGGAAUUGAAAAGGCUGACUCUGUCACGUGGAACCCACACAAGCUCCUGACAGCCCCUCAGCAGUGCUCCACUUUCCUGCUCCGCCAUGAGGGUGUGCUCUCAGCCUGCCAUUCAGCCAGUGCACAGUAUCUCUUCCAGAAGGAUAAGUUCUAUGACACCCAGUAUGACACCGGGGACAAGCAUAUUCAGUGUGGCAGACGUGCUGAUGUCCUCAAGUUCUGGUUCAUGUGGAAGGCUAAGGGCACAGUUGGACUAGAGGAGCAUAUUGACACAGUGUUUGAUAAUGCUGCCUACUUUACGAAACAAAUCAAGAAGAGGGAAGGAUUCCGCAUGGUAUUACAGGAACCUGAGUGCACUAACGUAUGCUUCUGGUACAUCCCUCCCAGUUUGCGUGGCCAUGAAGACCAGUCUGACUUCAGUGAAAGGUUACACAAGGUGGCACCCAGAAUCAAGGAGCGAAUGAUCAAGGAAGGGUCAAUGAUGGUGACUUACCAACCACUACGAGACCAGCCCAACUUCUUCAGACUGGUCCUGCAAAAUUCUGGUUUGGACUGGGCUGAUAUGGACUAUUUUGUGCAGGAGUUUGAAAGGCUUGGCAGUGAUCUGUAACAUAUAGAUCAAAUUACUUGCACUGUAACAUAUCAUGAGAGUAAUUUGGAAAUGCUGGAUCUAGAUUUGCUCAUUGAAAUACAUCUUUGUUGUCACUGUCAAAGAGAGGAAGUCUGUAGAAUCUGUGGUGUUUAAUGGUCUUUGUAAGGAUAAUUAUUUUUUACAUUAAGCUGAGCAUUCUAACACUGGAUUCACAGUGCACAUAUAAUAAUGUUUAAAUGCCAGUCAGUAACUGGUUCAUGAAUUGUAACCACGUACUAGCACAGAAAUUCUGCAUAAGUAAUGUGAAUUUAAUGGUGACCUGAAAUAAUUGCUAAAUUUGGGAAGUCUGGUGCCCUGGUACAUCUGUUUUUAGAGGUCAUUAUAUGAUUGUUGCUAUACACAUGCCCAGAAUCACAGGGUAUUUGUUCGAAUUUGAAUGAAAUGUGAAAGGUUUGGAUACUGAAAUAAAAUAUUUACUUCAUAGGUAUCUAUUCCUGUUAUGUUAUGAAACAUGAGAAGUUAACAGCAGGGUCUCAAAACAAGUGCACCACCACACCCUGGAUAAAGCAAUCCUGUCUAAUGUCUAGGAAGAAACAAAACUACUGGCAUAUCAUAAGACAUUUUAAGGAAUAUGUAUCAUAAGAAAUAACAACACAUACCAGAAACAGAUUACUAAAGAUACUAUUUCCAGGGCUUUAAUCAAAUAUUAAGAGAAACUCCAGUGUAAAGACCACAGACACCACAUUCUGUCAACAUAGUCAACUUGUAUUAAAUGUUUGUUUUAUAAUGGUUCCUAUGUUGUAAAAUUGAUGUGGCUGCAGUGUAAAUAUAACAUUUAAGGUUGAAAUACAAACAAGCUAGGUGUAGAAGUCUCAACGGUGAUAAAUAUAAGAGAAAAUGGCAUUGAAAUAUAAGAUUACAUGUAUUUGAGUAAUGAGCUUAAACCUAACACUAUAAUGAAAACUUAUUUUCUACUGCCAAAUAUCAAUUAAUUUAUUAAAAAUAUAUACAAUUGGUGUUCACAUUUUAUAUAUAUUUUUCUGACAAUUAUGAAAAUGCUUGUUAUGAUGCAUGGCACUGCUUGGGACUCAGUAUGCUGACUGCAAUGGAUGCUGAUAUAAGAAAAAUACUGAAACCACUGAAGACAGAGGGACCAUUGAUGUGAUGCAGUGUAGUCCGGUUAAUAUUUACCAUUAUUUAGGAAUAUACUGCCUUCAUCUUCAGGGUUUAUGUGAGCUAAAUUGUAAAGGGGCUGGUUAUACCAAAGAAGAGAAUUGAACUGGGUCUCAGAGAUUACGAAUGGCCAGCAAGAAUCAAGGAUGUAGAAGAGGGAUUUUGUGCAACUACAACAUGACAUGCAGGAAGAAAAGCAACAAUCUAUCCUUUGCAAGACACCCCAUUUUCAGGGCCUACUGUUCCCACUGGUCAAUUUGGCUCUUCCUCCUUUUUCUUCUUUCCCAUCCAAGUUCUCAUUUGCCACUCCUGUGCUCUGUGACCUCUCUCUUCUUCUAUAUAACCAGCCAUUUUGCUAAUUUUGCACAUUCCCUGAAGAUGGAGGCAGUGUGUUCCUCUAACAUGUUGGUUAACUGUCUGUGAGAAUACAAGGUGUCAUAUUCCAGAAGAUGCAAAAGCUUUGUUUGUCACCUGCAUCUUGCUGACUUCUUACUUGCCUUACUAUUCAGCUGUUAAAAUGGAGGCACUGUAUUCCUCCAAUAUAUGAGUUAACUUCUACCAGAAUACACAGUGUUAAAACAUGGGAGACAGUACAUCGUAUUCUUCAUAGUUACCACCAUGAGAACCUCAAAUUCAACAUCUGUAUUUAUUGCUUUCAUAAAGGCUGGUCUCUGACAGGCAGUAUAAGCAGUUUUUAAAGUUGAAAGAGAGAAGUGAAACAAAUCAACAAAAUAUGUAAUCAAAUAAAUAAUUGCAUUGGGAAAAUGCAAAAACACUUUUAUAUAGAUUCUUCAAAUAACUCAAUUCAGUAAUAACUGGUUACAUCUUGGAUGACUGGGAUUUAAUUUCUGACAGAGAUCAUGAUUUUUUGUGUGCACUAUGUCCAGAAUAUUCCUGAUAUCAUCUCAUUCUCCGAUGCAUAUCGUAUACAAGGCUCCUUUCCCAGAUGUAAAGCAGCCACAACACGAAGCUGACUGCUCAUAGCAAUCUAGUGCCAUGGGCUAGAAUAUGUGGAGUUACACUUCUACACUCACCUGGCAUGGUGUGCAGACACAAAGACUGCUUUCUUUUUCUUACUUCAUAUUUAUAAACAGUAAAUAAUUGCUUUGAUGGACUGUUAAUAUUUAUUUCUUUAUGUUAUUUAGAAUAUAGAUAUUUAAUCAAUUGCACCGAUUCAUUCAAAUAAAAGAGUAAAUUGAUUCAUUAUAGGUACUGAGCGUAAAAUCUGCCUGGAUCCAUUGAAAUCUCUCUAUAUGUUCAUAACCAAAGCACCAUCCGCACAUGAUAAAUGCAUAAUUUGAUGCAAAAUACUGGUGGAAUGAAAUGACUUUAAAUUUUACUCACAGCAGGCAUCUAAUUAAGUAACUCGUACAAAAAGAAAUCAGUUAUGAUGUGAAGUUCUCUAUGCUGUAUAUACCAAUACAGCUUAUUACAUAUUUUAUUUAUAUUAUGUAAUUUGUGCAGUAUUCUGUAGAAUAAAAUCCAU